CUUCAGCAGCACGCUCUUGGUGGUUGAGUCCACGGUCGCCCACAUUUCUGCCCUCCUCCCCCCGAUCCCACCUCUGGCUGUUAUCCUUUCUCGAUCUCCAGCAGCUACGAGACGAGGCCGCACACCAUGACGCUCUUCAUCCUGACCGAAACCAGCGCGGGUUAUGCCCUGCUUAAAGCUAAGGACAAGAAGCUUCUGAAGCGAGAUGAUCUCGCUACUGAGGCUGCGACUGCAGAGGGCGUUUCUAAUCUGGUUAAGUUGAAGAGCUUCCAGAAAUUUGAUAGCGCCGCCGCAGCUUUAGAGGAAGUCGCUUCUCUCGUUGAAGGAAAGGUUACUCCCAGACUCGCCAGUCUGCUUGACGAGAUUAAGGAUGAGAAGAAGGUUUCUCUGGCUGUUGCUGACCCCAAGCUGGGUAACUCCAUUGGCAAGCUGCCUGGCCUCUCUAUUCAAUUGGUUGCGGACUCCUCUACAACCGAGAUCUACCGCGCCAUCCGCGAACAUCUGCCCACAUUGAUUCCCGGCCUCUUGCCUCAGGACAUGUCCACUAUGUCGCUUGGUCUCUCCCACUCUCUUGCCAGACACAAGCUUAAGUUCUCUCCGGAUAAGAUCGAUACUAUGAUUGUGCAGGCGAUUGGCCUGCUUGAUGACCUGGAUAAGGAACUGAACAACUACGCCAUGCGUGUGAAGGAGUGGUAUGGUUGGCACUUUCCUGAACUGGCUAAGAUUCUCAACGAUAACAUCGCCUACUCGAGACUUGUUUUGAAGAUGGGCAUGCGAACCAACUGGGAAACUGCCGAUCUCGCUGAGAUUCUCCCCGAGGAGAUCGAGACUGCCGUGAAGUCUGCUGCAGACAGGUCUAUGGGUACUGAGAUUAGCGAGGAGGACUUGGAGAACAUCCAGGCUCUCGCCGAGCAGGUGAUCGGCUUCGCUGACUACCGUUCACAACUGGCUGGCUAUCUUACUGCCCGUAUGAACGCCAUUGCCCCCAACCUGACUGCUCUGGUUGGUGAUCUGGUUGGCGCCCGCCUCAUUGCUCACGCCGGUAGCUUGACCAAUCUGUCCAAGAGCCCCGCCAGUACUAUUCAGAUCCUUGGUGCUGAGAAGGCUCUGUUCCGUGCUCUGAAGACCAAGCAUGACACACCUAAGUACGGUCUGAUCUAUCAUGCCUCUCUCAUUGGUCAGGCUACUGGCAAGAACAAGGGUAAGAUGGCCAGAGUUCUUGCUGCCAAGGCUUCUCUUGGUCUCCGUGUUGAUGCUCUUGCCGAAUGGGAUGAUGAUGUUACGGAGGAGGAGAAGGCUGCUCUGGGUACCGAAGCUCGCUUCAACCUUGAGAGGAAGUUGGCCGCCUUGGAGGGCAAGGCUCUUAAGCCCCGUGGUGUGGCUAUCGGCCCCAACGGCGCUGCCCAGCCCAAGAAGUUCAACAUCAACGAAGUCCGCAAAUACAACCCUGAUGCCGAUGCCAUUGACGAGGACGAGGCUACCCCUGCCCAGAAGAAGCUUGUGCAGGAGGUCUCCGACGAGGAAAUGGCCGAUGCCGAUUCUGAUGAUGAGGGUGCCGAUGCCAACGAAGUCGACUCUGACGAUUCUGAAGAGGAGUCCAGCAAGAAGUCCAAGAAGAGCAAGGAUUCAGAGCUUGAGAAGAUGGCUGAGAAGGCUGGUCUGAGCCUGAAGAGAUACAAACGUAAGCUUGAGCGAGGUGAGAUCCAGUUUGACGCCUCUGGCAACCCCAGCUCGAUCAGCAAGAAGGACAUCAAGAAGGCCAAGAAGGAUGCCAAGAAGGAUGCCAAGGGCGAGGAGAAGAAGCGCAAGCGAUCGGAUGACGGCGAGGCUGUGAACGGGGAUGAAAAGAAGAAGAAGAAGAAGAAGAAGAGCGACGAGUAAGGUCGUUGCGGUAUGGCAUAUAAAAAGUUUUGAAAACUUGACGGAUUUCUUUUCAUUUCUGUAUGAUAUCACACCAUGUGGGUUGAUCUUUUUACUUUUGUCGUUUGCUAUUUCGAACCGUUUGACUUUGGGUGGCAUUUCAAGGAUGGGAUUAUUGGUCCAUCCACGGCGCAGAGGUGCUUGUUGGGAUUUUCGGCAAUAAUAAGAUGUUGAUAAGUAUCAAAUCUACCAACUUGAUAUAAUUCUGCCUCAUCUCCAAUAAGACUGCUCGCGGAUAUACACGCG